AAUUCGUGGACGAGUUGUAUAGAUCUACACUGGUACUUUGACGCCACUUCUCCUGAUCUGAAUUUUUAAACUCAAGACCGAGAAUUUGGUUUUCCUCAUCAAUUGAUUCUCGAAGUUGUAUUGCUGCAAUAUUGCAGCCAUGAAUGAUACCAGUAAAGCAAGUGAUACAAUCUCUCAACCAAGCUUUUUUAGCAGAAUUGGGACUGGUAUAUCACAGAGGUAUCAAAGUCUUUUGGAUCGAUCUGUACCCUAUGCCAUUCCUAGGUGGAUUGGAUUUGUCAGCUUUUAUAUCAUUUAUUUAGUCAGGAUAUUCUUCAUUCAGGGCUGGUACAUUAUAACAUAUGCUCUGGCGAUAUACCACCUGAAUCUAUUCAUUGCCUUCCUAUCACCCAAGAUAGAUCCAGCAGUUACAGAUGAUCCAGAUGAUGAUGGGCCUGCAUUACCCACCAAAUCAGGACAAGAAUUCAGACCUUUCAUUAGAAGAUUACCAGAGUUUAAAUUUUGGCAUUCUGCAACGAAAGCUAUAUUGAUAGCUAUGACUUUAACAUUCUUUGAACUCUUCAAUGUUCCUGUUUUCUGGCCUAUCUUAGUUAUGUAUUUCUUCCUGCUUUUCUUCUUAACAAUGAGGAGACAAAUUGAGCAUAUGAUCAAGUACAGGUAUCUACCUUGGACACGUGGUAAGACAAAGUACAAGGGAAAGGAAGAUACAGGCGAUGUGAUUGGCUCACAAUGACAUAAUGCCCCUAGCAGCGCAACCAAUCAGGACACAGAUAAACCAACAUAGAUCUUCUUGAGGUUGUUACAGGUCCCCAAAUCACCCAUUGUAUGUCUGCUUGAUAUCUGCCUUGAGUGUUUGUCUCAGUAGACAUUAUCUUACUCAUACGGCAAUUUCUUUCAAGAUCAGUUGUAAAUUACAAUGGAAAUUGUCAUUUUGGAGUUGUCCUAAAACCUGUUCAAGUUGUUUCUAUCUUUAGUUGGGGUUGUGCAGCACAUAGAUACAUGUAUAUGUUUUUAUCUUUUCCAAAGAUUUACAGAUUUGUUUUUUGUAUCAAUUAAAGCAUGAGACGGAUGCUGAGUCCAGUUGGUCUCAUUUUUAUGGUGAUUCACAGUGUGAUUGGAAUCACUCUUAAAUGUUUUAUGCGGUAUGUAAGGUAUCACUGCAUUGGCCAAUUAAAGCUAUUGAAGAGGACGCACGCUAUUGCUUAUUAGUAAGAUUGUGCAUUGUACGCAUUGGCAUUUAAGCAUGAUUCUAACUCACCCUCCAGGUAUCAUUUUAUCCUGUUCUGA